AUGGAAAUGGAAGGGCCCGUCGAAUGGGACGAUGAUGGCAGCAAGUCCUCGACAGUCAAGUUCGGGCCGUGGACGUCACGAUUCGACACACGGCAAGGGCAGGGUGGAAUGUCACCAGUGUUCCUUCUCCCACCUACCUAUCUCCACCUCCCUAUCUCCACCUGUAACUUCCUCCUCAUGUGCCCAGCAGUGACUGAAAGUCACCAAUACACGGGGCUAGAUAAUCUUACCGAGAACAUGACGAAUCCUAUUAAGCGUCUCAGAAGUAUACUAUGUGGGAAAGGAACCAUCAUCGACAUGGGCGACUUCCUCCUUAAUCUCGGUGAAAAAGACGUAAUUUCGCAUUUUGAAGAAGAUGAUAUUAAGAGUAGGAGGAGCUAUUCAGACAAAAUGGAUGCCGUAUUUACCAUUCUUCUCCGGAAAAACCCGACUUCAACCAAGGCGAAGCUACUCGAAGUUCUUGAAGCGAUGGAAAGGGAGGACAUCGUAGAACGUUGGGAGAAUGGCUCUGGAAGUCGUGGAAAUCCGAGUUCCCGCCGAGACCUCCUGCUGGCAAACGAGGGCAUCUUGAAGGACCGGCUGGACGUUGAGGUCGUGUCGACCGAACUGCUCAAGUCGGGAGUGUUAUCGCAGGGGGAUCUCGACGAGAUCAUGACGCCACGGGAGAGGAAGGAGAAGAGGACUGUGUUAUGGGCGAAACUGCUGACUAAGGUUGACCCUAGGGGUUUUGAGAAGCUCCUCGAGGCACUCACACAGGCCAAACAAGGUGAUGUAACUGAGGAACUCCGAUCACAAGAGCGCAGCAUUUAUACAGGGAAACCCCACAUUAGAAAUGUCCUCUUGGACUCAAUUCCCUCUGACGAGGACCUUAGACGGAUCGCACCGAAACUGAAAGAAUCGUGGCAUGAAUGGGAAUCCCUCGGGAGAGAACUGGGACUCGGUUUGGAUGCAAUAGAACGAAUCAAGUCGAAAACAAGGAGCCACAACAGCGAACGUCCGAUGAGGACGACGUAUCUACUUCUGAGAGAGUGGAAGAAGUCCUCACCAAAGGACUCCACGUUUCGGGCUCUCCACGAAGCCCUGUGCAACCAANAUAGCCUCACUCCUCAGGUUAUCAGUAUGAGAUGGAUAGAGAAGCGGCUGAGAACUAAUCACAUUCAGAGAGGGAGAACAAUGAGGAACUCUUGA